AAUGUCAACAGUGCAAGAGGAGAAAAAUAGUUUGGAAAAUCGCAUCGCAUCGGGCAGAGAGUAAUUAGAAACUGAAUAGAGUUUUAGUUGCAAUUUUCGUUACCACUCUUAUCGAGCGUGUGUGUGUGUGAGCGUGUGCUGCAUCGUAUCAGCGUGCUGCGUGCAUCUCGAAUGUGCAACAAAAGAAGGAACAAAACUGAAGCGCGCCCAUCACCAGGACACCACUUUCGUGUGCAAAGUUGUGAUGUUCCCGUUUUUUUUUUUGCUUGUUGUGUUGACCCUUUCGCGCUGAAGUAAAGCGCAACAUCGAAGCGUGCAAAGCAGGGGUGGCGGGGGUGGUGAUUGUGUUUAUCACAUCGGAGUGGCAACAGGUGCAAGUUUUCCCCGCACGAAGGAGUGUGUGUGUUGAUUGGGGGAAGAAGAAUUUUCUGCAAACAAGUGAAAGUUCCCGUUUCCAUCUCGCUUUCUCGCAGCCCGGAAGCUGUUGAUUCUGGUCGAAGGACGUGCCGGAAUUCUGGUUCAUUUUCUUCCCGGAAACACUGUUGCUGCCACGGAAAGGAAGGAGGAAGCUUCCACACACCAUGUACCGCUGGGGAAGCUGGUGGUGCGAAGGAAAUGCGUAGCAACCAAGAUGCAGGACAGAUAGUUUUGUUUUUUUGUUGCAAUGGCUACUUAAGACAAGUCAAGACAGCGAACCCAGUAACCCCCUCGCUGGCAGGGGCACAAAGGCUCCUCCUGCAAAAGAAAAACACAACCAGCACGGAAUGCUUCUCAAGUAAGGGGUCCGUUCGUGGAAGGUGAAAAACGCUUCAUAGAAAAAGGACACAACCGUACAGCGGCAGAAGUUGUUACCUUGUUCAACGUGCAGCAUUGAUUUUUCCGUUACUGUUUUUUUGUUUUGUUUUGUUUUAGGUGAUUUCCGUACGAAAUUUGCUUCCCCGGUCUGCAAACCGAAGACGUACGUACUAAAAAAACAGUGCCAAAAAACCCCCGUACAGGAAAAUGUAGUCGUGUCCCUUCUUUUGCAUUUGUGCAUGCCUACUUUGUGAAAGAAAACAAAAAAGAGCGGGCGAACGAACGGGUGGCCGGGUAGUAAGACGAGUGCAAUUGCAAAAGUGCAAUAACCCAACGGUGGUGCUGCUGCUGCACUGCAUACUGAAUACACAGGCACUGGUUGGUUAUGCAUUUUACGAGCCGGAAAGGAAGUAGAAUUGAAGUGAAUCACAAAGAUGUAAUGCUGGAGGCAGCGGUAGCGAAGACGGUGAUGAUUUGCUGGUGAAGUGUGUGCAUGGUGAGCCUUUGUUUGGGUGUUAGUUUCUGUGGACGGAAGUUUCGGUUAGUUUUAUUUUUAAGAAAAAAGGAUUUUAAAGUGUUUGAAGGAAAAAGGGGAGUAAGAAUGGAUUUGUUGUGUAAGGAGUAGUUAAUACGUAAGGAGUACGCAACGAACGCAGAGACACAGGUGUGCGUGAGAGCCUAGUGAACCAAGAGCCCAAGAGCCCAGGCUUGCUGCGAUUUAGUCCGUGCUGUGCAUUGUACAUUGGAACGAGCUACGCCAUGGAAACGCUGGCAGAAACGAGCCUUCCGUCGGGGCUGCGGCGCACGGAACCGUCCUCGCUGAUACCGACCUCGCCCGAGGGUGAACAGUCGCCCCAGAACAGCGGUUCGAUGCUGGCCAACAUCAUCGGCACCAGCCCGGGCGGUAGUAGCGGUCCGCACCACCACCACCAUCUGCUCGAAGAUCACUCCCAGUCGUCCCAGGAGGAUGGCAGCGGCAGUGUGCUCAGUCCCGGGCCGCAUGCCGAACCGGAAGAGACGAUCGAGAAUAUCGAAAAGGAGCUGAGCGAAUCGUGCGCCGAUACCGACUCACAGCCGGCGCUAGAAGCGGGCCACGGGAAGCGCAGUGGCGGGCAGGGCGCUGCCUCCACGUCGGCGGCGGUGGCGGUGGCAGCGGCAGCUGGUGGGAAGGAACAGUCGACCGGUCAGACGCCGUCCGUGUCGAACGGUGCCAGCUUACCGAGGGUGGCCCCGAGUGGUGGCAAGCCGAAGGCGAUGCGUGACUUCGACCGGAAGAUGAACAAAUCGCGGGGGCGACCGAAACGCAAAGCAAUGGUGGCCAUGUAUCAAAGUCAGAUAAGUGAAAACAAAAUCGGAAUUAAGCUGUGUAUAAAGAAAGCAUCUGAUGCGACAGUACAACCAAAGAAACCGAUCCGCAAGCGUGCCCGUAAACCCAGGAGCCUUAACGAGGAUAGCUCGGACGAGACGUCGCCGGAGAAGCGCAACCGGCGGACCGAGAAGCCGAGGCCGAAGAAAACGAACAACAACACCGAGAAGCGGAGCGCGGAGGAAGCGUACACACCGCCCAAGGAUCAGAGCGUCUGGGCGAACGGGCUGCCCGAGUCGGUGCUGUAUACGAUUUUCAAAAACGCCGUCCAGGAGGAGGGCUGCCUACCGACGCUGAUCCGCCUGUCGGAGGUGUGCACGGCCUGGUACAAGGUGUCGCAGCAGUGCUCCCUGUGGCGCACCGUCGAUCUUGGCACGUGGGGCAGGGAUCGGUUUAAGACGGAACCGCGGCUAAAGUGGCUGAUCGAGAACCGGCUUCAGCAUGCGACCGAAGUCGGGCUGGCAAACUGGAAGGUGACGAACGUGCAGUGCGUGCUGGACAAGCUGCUGGAGGCGGCGCCCGGGCUGACCACCAUUUCGCUCGCCGGCUGGAAGGCGCUCUCCACCGACCAUCUGAUGUUUUUGGUGCAAAACUUUAAAAGCCUCCGCAAUCUCGACCUCAGCUCCGUCAAUGCUGAAGUGAACGCCAACAAGACGGCCGUCGGUCAGACGUCCCUGUGCAAUGCCAUCAAGGAAAUGGGCAGCCGGCUUACCCACCUGCAUCUGGCCCACAAUCGGCUCAGCGGCAUACCGCAGAUCGUGAAAGCCCUCGCGACGCACUGUCCGAAUCUGCUACUGCUGGAUCUGUCCAACGUCAACACGGUGGCCAUGUCGCACGGCAUACUGCACAUCGAGCAGCUGCAGCACGGCUGCCAGAAGCUGAAGGUGCUCCGGAUAACCAACUCGCACAUCAACCUCAGCACGGCCUCGCUGCAGGAGCAGAUGGAAUCGCCCGGCUUUCCCGAGCUGGAGGAGCUGUCCGUGGCGUCGCUCGCGGACGAGGCGCGCCUCUUUAACGACGAGUUUCUGCAGCGCAUUCUGAAAACCAGUACAAAGCUAACGCUGCUAGACGUGCGCGGUUGCGCGCGCCUAACGCACGACAGCCUGAUCCGGCUGCCGACCUGGGACUUGAAGCAUCUCUUCCUGUCCGGCUGCUCGAUUAACCGCGACAUGGGUGCCGGGCUGGAGCUGAUCGCGUCGAAAUGGGCGCACAGCUUGAUCGAGUUCGAUCUGGCGUGGGCAAGCGCUACCAAACCGCUGGACGAUGCGCUGAAAGCACUCGCGGACAAGGGUUCCGAAUCGCCAUUGAAGUACCUCAAUCUAUGUGGAUCGUCGGUUUCGCUAGAGGCAGUGAAGGAGGUGCUCGCCAACUGUCCGCACAUUAACGCCAUCAAUCUCGCCUCGUGCCGGGGGCUGCCGCGGGGCGUCAAGCGACUGCUGCAGGGCGCACAGGAGAUUGCCGAGCUGCGGGAAAACUUGGGCGUUACGCUUAAGUGUACCCCCGGGGCGCAAUCGGCGCUCGCCCCCUCCUCUCCCACAGACACCUAAGCGUCCUUUUUUCCCCUGCUCCUCGUUUGUGCGAUCUGUUUACCGGCACCCUGAGCGAAUCACCUUUCCGUGCACAUAGAAUACGUUGUAAAGUAAGUUCGAUGGUGUGUGUGAUAAGCAGCAGCAGCUCCAGCGUGUGCGCGCGACUCGGAUCAAAUUAUGGUGGCAUUAUAUCAGUGAGUGUGUGUGUGUGGGUGUGUCUCUGGCGGAGACAGCAGUUGCCCGUUUUGCGGUUUUGUGCGGUGGGAGGCAAUCGUUUCCCUCCCAUUGUUGGCAUUUUUGUAACAUAUUUAUAUUGCAGGUGGCUAUCGAAGCACCAUUUGUUUGUAAUUAGUUGCGCAGUGCGCAUAGCCAGUGGUGGAUAGAACGGGGUGGCUUAAUAUUUUCACUAGUUGUAGUACACUCCGCUUCGCCGCUACCAUCGGUGUGCACACACAUCCGAUGCGUUGAAUCGAAGGUGGUGUGUACAGCGUGUACAGUGUAAUGCUUCAUCAAACCUCUAGCUAUCAAAAGACAAACUAAAAAGCGUGUUAAACUUUGCUACCUUUUUUUCUGUACCGUAGUGCUGCACUCGUGUGUGCGCUUCUAGUAAGUUGUAGCAAGUUUGAAGGAAUUCGUGCAAUGCCCCAGAACUCUUUCGCGGCUUUUCUCCCUCACCCGCUUUACACAAAUUUAAGCAGCAACAGGUGUACCUUUAUCGUUUUUUUUAUACCAGUAGAACCUAUACAGAGUGGCAGGCAACACACAAGCUCACAAGCUCACAAGCUAUUUGCUAUUAUGCGCUACAAAAUUUACAAACGCUCAAAACGAUCUCAAAUCUCAACCAGAGACCAGCUGAUCUUAUCAACUGAUCUUAUUUACCUGUUGGAUGGAUUUUACUUUUUCUUUUAAACAAAUUUAGGCUUGUUGUAUUGUUGUACAUCAUCUGGUAGGAAAACAAAACUGAUUCUAAACAAAAAAGCUAACAUAAUAUGCAACAGGGAAACAGACAAAAAACCAGUGUAGAUUUGCAGGGACGAGAUAGGAGAAUUUGGAAGAGUUUCCGUGCUAGAUCGGAAUCGUUUUUAUGGACGUCCCUCUCUCCCUCUUUCGCUUCUUCCUUUGACAAACAGAAAUGCAUUUUAUACGCGCUCGCAGCUUGUAAAUUACGUCCUUUUGCGUGGGUCCCCUUUCGCGAUCCUUCACGAAGUGAGAGUGUAGCAAUUUUGGGUUGAUAAUUAGCAGCAAACGGUUUUUUUGCUUUUAUUUUUAAAGCUGCGGUAUCAUUGAUCUCCACCAUGUGAAGCUUAAAUCAUUAUGGAUUUAUUUAGCUCUACAAGGAAUCUCAACCAAGUAUUAGAAACUUUAGAAAUUUGGCAAUUUAGUGCAAUGUUUGGAUUUUAGUUAAAACAAAAAUUAUUUUAAAUUCUUUUAACGUCAUUUUUGUUGGUUUUUAAAGUACAAAAAGCGUCAUUGUGUGAAAUGUUUUAUCAAUAUUUUUCAAUCAAUACUAUACUAUACUAUACAGGGUUUUCCAGGGGUUCUCAUAGUUGUGGGACACUUCCUUGACUCUUUCCUACUGGAAGUGAACUUCAUAUGUUGGAAAUUGGACUCUAUUGGGAUUGCACCAUUUUCGGACAGGCUCCUUGGAAAUUUCAAUUGGAUUUGUCCAACAAGGGUGCUAUAGAGUCCAAUUCCCAUUACAAAAAGCUCAUUUCGCGCUAGAAAGAGUUCAUUAAGUGUCCCACGGCUAUGAGAACUCGUGGAAAACCCUGUAAUGUAUGAUGCACCUCAAAAUAUUGCGUUAUUUAGUUACAUUUUGUGCGCAAAAUUCAAUCAUUUUGCUUACAAUUGUAGCAGAAUGUCAGUGUUUUUUUUAACGUAUAAAUCAGAAUUAAACCCCUGGGUGUGAUAAUGUAUUACCUGUAACUCAACUCAACCAUUCCUGGCCAACGCGACCCUGUGCUGCUGUACCUCUCACAUCAUACCCGUGUUGUUUGCUUUUGAUUUUUGCUCUCCAACCCGCGUAUCUUCUCACACACUUCGUGAAGGAUUCGAAAUGACCACGAACGCAUAGAAAGGGUUUUUGUUUUGUGUUUUUUUUUUUUUAAGUUAAUCAAUGUUGCAAUAAUGAUUUGUUUUCGGAACCGAUUAAUUAGUAACAAAUAGUGGCCGUCGGCAGCGUCCCAAUUUUCUGUUACACCAUUCUGUGCGUAAAUAUCAGUUAACAAACAUAUUCACGGAAGAGAAAGGGAGAUAGACUAAAACAAAAAAAAAGAAACAGUUUCUUUAACAUAGAAGUAAUGGUAGAAGCAUAAGUAUAGUAAAACUCUGCUGUAUCGAGGCGCCUAGUGUGGUAAGAGCAUGAGGUAAGAAUGGAUAAGUAAGGCAUAUUCAAUUGUUAUUACAAAGUGAUUGUAGUAUUCAUCUUGAAGUUAAACAGUGGGCACAAAACGGUCAAGUGAUUUUGUGUGUAUGUGUGAACGAGAGAGUGAUUGUGUGUGUGUGUCUGAGAAAAAUAUAAAAACAAAAUGAUAAGAAUAGGAAGAAAAUCUUUCAAAUAAUGGUUAAGGAUGGGUGGGAGAGUUGAAAGAGGAUUUUUUUUCUCACAAAAAUGAAGCAAAAUUCAGUUAUAAUCACUUUCCCACAAGUGCUAAGCAACAUGAAUGAAGAUAGCAAAGAGAAGGGAGCGAUGAACUGGGGCAGGACAAAAGGCCGCGUGAAGGAACGGGAACUCCUUCCGCCUCAAAUUUCCCCUUUUCGUUGCGAUACAAAAAAUGACAAAAAUACGUAGAAAAACAACCAAGAGAGAGAGAGAGAGUGUAGAGAGUGUAGCUAAAGGAAAACAAAAGAAGAAAAACAAAUUAUUACCCUCAUCCCAGUUUUGAAUCGUCAUCAUCAUCACCCCCUCCAUCCCCACACACCACCCACACACUGUCCGACGCGGGGUCAACGUUUACAAAGAGAAACCAGGUUCGCACACCGCCGUCGUUAACGUUGUAAUUUAUUUUGUUGGCUGCAGCUAGGCAGCAUUAUUGUAGCAGUGUAAGGUAUUUGAAAUAGUAAGUGCUAAAAAGCUAAGCGAAGUGAAAACAGUAAGCAACAAACAAACUAAACAAACAAAACAAAACAAAACAAAAAGGAAACGAACGAAAAGGAUCAACAGAGGAUUUCUUUGUUAGCAAUGUGUGUUUUGCUGUUGAGAGGAGUGAAAAAGAAACAAACCAGCAAAAAGGAAGAGGAAAAUGAAUGAAAACAGUAAGCAAAGUGUGGUGGAAAUACAAAAAACAAGAAACACACACACACAUACAUGGCACAAGUGCUGAAAGAAGCAAUUUAAACACGUUUUAGUUGACAAAAUGAAACACACAAACACACACACUGGAGCAAAUAUUAAAACAAAGGAAGGUAAAAAUAGAAGAAGAAAAAAAACUAUUUUAUAAAUCAUUUCCCCUUCCGGUAAUGGUAAUAAGCAAACAAACAAACAAACAAACAAACAAAUCCCACUUACAAAGUGUGCGUUCGUGUGUGUGCGUGUGGAAAGUUGUCUAAUUAGUAGGAAGAAAGUGCAAAGGCAGCCCAGCAGGGAAGGUAAAUUGCGAGAAAAUUAUUAUUAUUAUUAUUACUAUUCUUAAUAAGAUUAUUAUUAUUAUUAUCGCUAUGAUAAUUAUUAGUAUAGUUUCGUUUUAGACUUAUUGGAAAAAAAUAUAUUAUUGAAUAAAUGUGUUUUAUACAAAGUGAAA